GAGAGUCCUGUUUAUCUGCCCUAUCAUAAAUGUCACAGAUAAAGAAGAAGUGAACACUUUUGCAGUGAUAUAAAUGUUUAUGAUCAUAAUGUCAUUUUAAUUAGGUACUACUGCGCAUAUGAAGUCAUUUAAAUAAGAUACGUGUAGUUUCCGACACAGAAGACGGUGACUAUAGACACGCGGCGGCUGCAGAAGCAGAGAGGAGCACCUGUGAUAUGGGAUUUCAUGUCUUGUUUUAUGUACCCAAUGUAAUUGGUUAUAUCCGGAUUCUUCUAGUUCUCAUUGCCUGGAUUCUGUAUAGUGACCCAGGGAGUUUUGUGCCCUUGUAUGUGUUAUCAAUUAUAUUGGAUGGGGUGGAUGGCUGGGCGGCCCGUCGGCUGCAGCAGACCUCCAGGUUCGGAGCGUGGCUGGAUGUGGUCAUUGACAAUGUAGGACGUGGCAUGCUCUGGAACAUGCUUUAUGAUUGGGGCUGGCUGGUGUCUUCAAUGGAGUGGUGUGUAUUUGUGUGCAACCACAAUGCCAGAGGUGCCCAAUGGAAGAACUCGUUCACGGAGAGCCUGGUUUGAGUGCAUGCAGUGAUGGCAAAAGAUGUGGUGCAUCGUAACCCAUUUGAGAUUCUUAUUGGAUGAAGAGGAAGAAAAGAAGAACUGGGAUCUCUAAAGGCUCAUUCGGGAUGUAGUAAGGGUUUCAGAUUGAAAUUCAUAUUUUAUGAGGCUUCUGGUCUAAUAAACAGCUGA